GAACCCCUAACGAGUGAAAAUGAGUCCUCUAUCUACAUUGCUGAUGUUGAUGCUGAUUGGAUGUGAUCACGUGACACGAGGUCAAGCUCCCAGUAGCCGAGACUCAUUGCGGCGCUCUCUGAGUAUAGACCCCACCCUCUCGCACGCCCGCGAUACGCCGAUACCCGUCUCCCAGAACGUCAACGUCUUCUUACCUGUCGACGACAUCCCUGUUCAGGACGCCCCGACGGCGCGUGUCUCGCCGACACAAAUGACGGACCCUAGUCGUCCGAGCGUGAGAACUCCUCAAGUUACGGUGGCCGAGAGCCGCCAGGGUACACUCUCCGCCUCCAUAACGGCCGGCCGCCCGGUUCUCCUGGAGAGUACCUUGGGCCAAGUCGCCAGGCAGCAAGUCCUUCAACCUCGCCCAACAGCCAGCAUCCCUGUCAUGAUAGAGAACCAACCGGAAGUCCAGUUUGUGCAGCCGCAGCCACGACUGACAGCGCCUGCUCCCAGUACAGCAGCAAUGAAUGCCGCAAUUGUUGUUGUUAACGACCAACGCCCGGUUGUUAACGAACAACGUCCCGUUGUUAACGACCAACGCCCCGUUAUUAACGACCGUCUUAUUAACAACGUCAGGCCUAUUCCCGUUGAUGAAGCGAUAAGUGCCAAGACGGAGUGCUCAUUUCAGAUCCCCCUGUUUCUACUUCCUGACACAGAUCCGGCAAACCUAGCCCAGAAUCAGCAGUGUCCGUCUUUCCUCUUGUACGGCCCAAACAUCGACCCCACUCUUGUGUCACUUCUUGUCGAUCACUGGACCGGGGUUGAUAACGUCGGCGGUCCAUCGCUCGAUCGAGUGCGCAGCCAGAUUACGCAGGUCGAGUUCGAGCAGAAGUGCCUAGUUCCGGCUCUGCGCGCGCAUGUUUUCGGCGGUGCCGCGUGUAAGACGCGCGAGCUUAGAGUCUAUUUGGAAUGGCUAUUGUACCUUCGUGAGCGUCUAUUCAAUAUUUAAGUCACCACGUGGCAGUAUCAAAGAACAAUUAAACUUGUGAUAUAACCGGAAGUUGUUGAUGUCGCUAGUGAAGGGAGACACAAGCAGGCAUUUUUUUUGCAUUUCACUCGCUCAAUGCUUCUGAUAUUUUUUUUAUUGUCGCUUAUUUUUCCAGAUUUAAAAAAUCAGUAUACAUUUUAGCGCCGAUGUUAAUGUUGUAAUUCACUUGGUUAAAUGGUGUUUUAAGGAAUCUCGGAACCACCCUAAUACCAAAAUGUGCUUUAUGACUCCAUGACUUGCUUAAAAUCCACGUUGCAGCCAUGUUGUUUGUUAUUUCUAUAAAUGAGCCAUGCUCUGUAAAAAGAGGGUUUAAUGCAUGUGCGUAGAGUGUCGUCCCAGAUUGGCCUGUGCAGUCCGCAUAGGCUAAUCAGGGAUUACACUUUCCGCGUUUAUGAUAUUUGCUGUUUAAAGAAAGUAUCGUCAUAGCAAAAAUCCAGUUAAGGCGGAGAGUGUUGUCCCUGAUUAGCCUGUGCGGACUGCAGAGGCUAAUCUGGGACGACACUUUACGCACAUGCAUGUAACCCCCUUUUCACAGAGCACGGCCCAUAUAUUAUAUUUAUUAUGAUUUUGCUGUAUAUAUUCAAAUGAGAAUCUUUGUAUUAUAUAAAUAAAAACG